AUGCGGGUUCUCAAGCUUGGGAAUGGCACAUUGCUGCAAGUGGCUGACGACGAAAUCCCAGACCCACCUGCCAUCAGUUUCGUCAACGACAUCCCUCGGCUCAAUGGAAUGUGGGAUGAUCACACGGAGCACUGGCAGGGCACGUCCAUCAUCAACAUACAAGGCCACCCAAUUGCAAUUGAGUACUGGCCUUUGCUCUAUCGCUAUGGCCAUGAUCAGCAAUGGAAAGGUACGAAAAACAAGUGGACUGACUGGCGUGACAUUGUCGAGCGGUACCGACGAGGCACCCCAGAACAGUUCUGGGCCAGUUUCAGGGCUGCCAAUGGUGAGCCUCUGAAGUUCACUGCCAUUAUUCACAGGCUUCGUGAGGAGCGCAAGGAAGCACACUUUGCACUUGUGGAACGUGCUCGCGAGGAAUAUGGCUCAGACUUUUUCUUUACUUACCGAAAAGGAGGUGAGGAGCACACCAUGACGAGGCCAUCUGCGAUUGCAAAGAAAUACAAGGAACUCAUGGUUAGCAACUCGAAGGAGGUCUGUGAUUAA